AUGGACGAGUACGGGCGAAAUGGUGUUGUCACUGAAGUGAGCAAAAGAGACAAGAAGAGGCACCAGAUUGGCACCCGGUUAAGCAAGCUAGAGACCACUUUCGGCAACGACCGAAAUGAGUUUUACAGAAUCAUGCUACACAAUCUCCAGACAUCCCUCGCAGGGAUCCAACAGGGCACCAAUGAAGAGUAUAUAGAACGCAAACAAGAGCUCGAAGAAAGAAGAGACUACGAGCUAACUAGAUUGAGGCUCUGGGAAGAGUAUCAGGUGAAACGAGUGGAGACAGAGUAUAAACGGGAGAUCGCCAAGGCCAAGGAAAACUACGACACCAUGAUUAAGCUUCUCAAGGAGAAAUUCUUUGAUAAGCUCCAGAAACAGGUUAAGCAACUCAAGGAAGAUAAGCUUCUCCUCAAUCUUGUUAACGCCAGUCUGUGGAGCAACCAAGGAGGUAACGACCUGACUGUUUCUGCACUCACAGCUGCUGCAGCAUCCUCAUCACUAAACAUCAACGACCGCCGGUCGCUUCGAAAACGUGAGUUCUCAUCCAGGUUCACUUCAGGAGAAGCUGACGAUCUCUCCGACUCGGGAUUUGCCACGUCGAACGGUAGUGGCAUGCUUCGAAAUUCUGGCUCUGGAGCUGGCUCCGCGGGCUACGCAUCUUCCUCGAGCAAAAGAAGACGGCACUACGCUACUCGAUACUCUUCCAACGACGAGAUGUCCUCAGGCAUAACAAGCACCGGUAACGGCUUGCUCAACAGCCAUCUGAUGAAGCACAUGACUAGCAACGGCGCUAGCAGCGGCAAUGACAGCAAUCUCAGUGAUAAGGACUACGAUGAGCUCAACAAUAUCAUCAUGAACAAUGAAGACGGCGGGGCAUCCAGCAUCUUAGCGCGUAGCAGCAGCAGGGCUAGCGGGAGAGCCAACACAAGAGGGUCACAUAAGCAGUUCAAUGGUGUCCAAGGCUUGAAAGUGGAGGAGCUCAACGACGACUUGACACUCCUUCGGAAUGCGAUUAGUGUGAAGAGAGAGAACAGGUAG